AUGUAUUUGUAGUCGAACUUUCCACUUUUUUGUUUAAUUUGAAACAUUACAGAAAUUAUGUUUAAAGAAACAAAAAGAAACGAUAUAAAUUUCAGCCUACUGUAAUGAAAACAUUAUUUAUAAUAGCAAUCAUGCAAUAACAUUAUUGUUAGAGAGACAAUCUAAUUGUUUAAACACAAAGUUUUGAAUAUAAAAAGUUUGACUGUGUUAGACUUUUGUAUUAAAAAAAAAACUCAUAAAUAAAUAAUAAAUCCGAAUCCCACGAAAAGUUCAAACAAACCAGCUCAGAUGGUGAAACCUGCACAGUUUAACAACAAUUAUCUGAAACACGCAAAACCUGGCAACCCGCACCAGUGUGUUAGAGGAGGCAGGUUUUACACACUCACACACAUACACACACACACAUACACACACACACACAUACACACACACACGCUCCGGCCUUCUGGCCUCUUUACAUUCCCUGAAGCUCCGGAGGAUUUACACACGGCGUGUUUUUGGAUUUUGUCCGGUUUCCGGUUUUGUGAGGAGUUUUUCCGGGACUGCGGCGCGCGUGCACACUGUGCAGAGCGGAGACAGAAAAACAACAACACCAUCUCCACCUUCAUCUCCACCUUCAUCUCCACCAUCAUCUCCACCUUCAUCUCCACCAGCAGCAUCAGGUUCAGCAGCUCUUCCCCAGCGCAGUGUUGGUGAGAGAGAUGCCGCAGGCUUCAGUCUCCACAGUAACAUGGAGAUGAAAUUUACAACCCAGGAGCUUUCGAGGAACUGAAAACAUCUCCACCUCAUUUACAUCUAAUUUACACACAGCUACAGCUUUACAACUCCAGCCUCUGAGUCAGCGUCUCUGCGCGCUGUUUAACGGUGAAAGUCAGGAUGAGGAGCAGCGAGGAGGCAGAAGGCUUCGACGGCGAGGCCUCCAACACGGCGAUGGUGUCGGGGGCGAGCAGUCCGUAUCAGCCCACCACGGAACCCGUCCUCUCCCGCAGUGUGUUCAGGAGCAUGAGCUGGAACACACACUACCUCACGUCACAGCUCGGCAUCCUGAAGAUCAUCGAAGCGGUUCUGUCCCUCAUUGCGUUUAUCUGCAUUGAGACAGUGAUGAUGUGUUCUCCAUGCGCUGGAGUUUAUCUGUUUGAGUUUGUGAGCUGCAGCUCCUUCGUGGUGACGGGACUCUUACUCCUGAUCUUCAUCCUCAACCUCCACAGCAAACUCACUCCGAUCAACUGGAGCUUAGUGGACCUGAUUAACGCUGUGUGCUGCACGCUGUUCUUCUUCAUCGCCUCGGUGGUGUUAGCGGCGUUCAACCACAAGAGUGGAGCAGAAAUCGCUGCCGUGAUCUUCGGCUUCGUGGUGACGUUGGUGUACGGUGUGAACACGGGUGUGUGUGUGAAACUGUGGCGUUUAGGAGACCAGCGCCCCCUACAGACCAGCGAAUACACACGCGCCAGGACGGCCUCGCGCGGCGAAGUGGAGACACGACCCGAAUAACACACACACACACACACAACACACACACAACACACAUUAAACACACACACACACAUUAAACACACACACACACACACAACACACACUAAACACACACACACACACACACAUUAAACACACACACACUUCUUUCUCCCCUGAUGUGUAUAUUUAUGGUUAAUUAUGAAGUUGUAUAAUUAUUGUACUACUUUAUUAUCAUGCUGGUAUUUAUAAACUACACACACUACACAUUAGACACUUUACACACUACACACACUACACUUUACACAUUACACACACUACACAUUAAACACUUUACACACUACAAACACUACACCUUACAAACUACACAUUACACACACUACACCUUACACACUACACAUUGCACACACACAUACAAACAGUAUACAAACUACACACUAUAAACUACACAAUAUACAGAGUUGAUAUGACAUUAAAUGUGGACCAAACGUGUUUUAUAGCCGAUUUAUAAACGUUAAUGUGGAAUUAAUUCUGAAGGGGUUGUGUGUGUGUGUGUGUGUGUGUGUUUAUACUUCACCCCAAAAUGUAUUAUUUUUUAUAUUUCCGAGUUUUAAAUUCUGCUCUUACUGUGUUCCAUUUCUGUAUUUAGCCAUUUAUACUCGAGCUAAUUUCUAACACAGUCCAGUCAUGAGCGUUAGUGAUUAAUCAUCAUCAUCUGUGCUAGGCCCUAGUGUGUCAGCUAGCUCUGAGCGUUUGCGCUAGUCAGUAGUGUUUCAGCUAGCUCUGAGCGUUUGCGCUAGUCAGUAGUGUUUCAGCUAGCUCUGAGCGUUUGCGCUAGUCAGUAGUGUGUCAGCUAGCUCUGAGCGUUUGCGCUAGUCAGUAGUGUUUCAGCUAGCUCUGAGCGUUUGCGCUAGUCAGUAGUGUGUCAGCUAGCUCUGAGCGUUUGCGCUAGUCAGUAGUGUGUCAGCUAGCUCUGAGCGUUUGCGCUAGUCAGUAGUGUGUCAGCUAGCUCUGAGCGUUUGCGCUAGUCAGUAGUGUGUCAGCUAGCUCUGAGCGUUUGCGCUAGUCAGUAGUGUGUCAGCUAGCUCUGAGCGUUUGCGCUAGUCAGUAGUGUGUCAGCUAGCUCUGAGCGUUUGCGCUAGUCAGUAGUGUGUCAGCUAGCUCUGAGCGUUUGCGCUAGUCAGUGGUGUUUGAGUCGCCAGCAUUUAUUUAUUAAUACUCAUGAUUAUCUGCUAGUCUGUACUGUGUGGAAUCAUUUUUCAUUCUGUGCUAUUAAGGGCUAGUUGCUAGUGUUUAUGCUAGUCACACAUGGGCUAUUAGCUGGUUUCUGUGCAUUAGUGAGGGUUAGUCAGGAUCUGUGUGGGUAGUUAGCAUUCGGGCUAUUCGCACAUUACAAUAAAGAAUACGAAAUACAAAAUAAAUAAAACUCUGAUGUAAAUAAAACAUGACGUAAGCCGAAUCUACAGAAAAUAACAUGAUAUUAAUUUAAAUAAUUUAAUAACCAACUGAAAAACGUUUUGUUUUUGGGGUUUUGUUUGUUUUUAUUUUGAAAUUUGGACCAGACUCUGUAAAAGUUCUUUAACUGUAGUGUGUUAAUUUAUCUUUAAAAUGUUCUUUUGGUAGUAAUUUCAUAUUUAACAUCUCGUGUGUGUGUGUGUGUGAGAGAGAGAGAGACAGAGAGAGAGUGAAUGAUGAUGAUGUUCAGAUUUCAGUCUAUUUAUAAAUACGUUUGAUUUAUUCUGUGUGAUAACGUCAGUGUCGCAGUGUUUCAGUUGCCCCUCUCUGUAGGGCCUAGUACUCUUCUGUCCCCUUGUACACGGUUUUAUAGAUUUUAAAGCAAUGACAUUUAGUUUAAAAUGACUCAAUCGGCGUUAACUCAUGCUGAACGUUAUCUCUGUGACAGAAACAAAAUAAUUUUGGAAAAGUAAAGCGUAAUCAUUUACUGAGAUUUAAAGUGAAGAUUUGAUGCUAAUAAUUGAGUCUCAGAUGGUGUGUUUUGCGCUAGUUGCUAAUGAUUGAGGUUAGCAGCGAUUCUGAUUAGCCGCUAGCUGUGAUUAGCCUGCUAUACAUAGAGAAAUGGGCGGAGCCAUCAUGUUAUCCAAAAUAUACAAAAUCGUUGAUUGCAAAUGAUGCUAAUUAGGAGUGAAAAUCUGUUAGAAUUUAGGUACUCGCUAGCAUAUUUACUUAAGUCAUAGACAUCAGGGCUAGUCGCUAGCGCUUUAACUAGUUAUUAGCAUCUGAGCUACCUGAACACAAAUUGGGGUAAACUAUAAAAAUGAAAAAAAUCCAGUGAAAUAAAAGAACAGCAUGAGAUAAAAAGGAGGUGAUUUAAAAUCUUAAACUUUAAUGUUUGAUUUCUGCACCACAGACAUUCGGGUACUACAGAGAGUGUAGUGUGAGUGUGUGUGUAGUGUAAGUGUGAGUGUGUAGUGUGUGUAGUGUGAGUGUGAGUGUGUAGUGUGUGUGAGUGUGUAGUGAGAGUGUGUGAUUUGAGACGGAGCCUGAAUUCAGCGUAAUAAUUUAAAUAUUUUAAGGAACACUGUGCGAAUAUUUUGAAGGACAAUCGAAGGACUGUUUUAAUGAAGGUUUAAUUUCUCUACAGCAGCACUGUGUGUGUGUGUGUGUGUGUGUGUGAGAGAUUUUCUCUCUCUGGUUGUGCUUUAUUACUCUGAUCGUGUAAUGAAACACUCCUCCUCUAUAAUAACGAUAGAUGAAUAUCGGAUUGUAAUUGUACGGAUGAUUAUUUAUCCCGUUGUAGUCGAGGGUUAAUAAUCCGACACUGUGAUUGGUUAAACAGGAACACAGCCGCUCUCAGAUCUGUAUUUUUAUAUUUAUGGAGCUGUGUCGAUUUACAGAAACUAAUUUUUACACAAAUUCUGUGUUCAUUUGUGAAAUGAAUAAAUGAAUAAAUUUGGACUGAACGCA